AUGCCUGUGUUCAACUCGGAUGAUGCUGCCGCUCUACGUCCUUGGCUGGUAAAGAAUCUCGAACCGAUCUGCGAUGCGGAACCCGAGGUGCUGUCGAACUAUGUUCUUGCACUGCUCAAACAUGAAGCACCCGAACCUGAGUUGAAGGAAACGUUCCGAAAACAAUUGCACGACUUUUUGGAUAAUGAAACACCCAAGUUCGUAGAUGAACUCUUUGCUGUCAUCAAGAACAAGUCGUAUAAAGCAUCAAAACCAAUACCAACCGGUCCCAAGUCAACUACUUUUCCUCCCCCUACUGCCCCUGCUGCCUCGAGCUCGUCAUUGAAGGAUGGUGGCAUUCCUAUACCCAUAGAUGCGUUACUAAGCUCCAAGCCUGAUACUCGAGGCACCAAGCGCCGGCUAAGCAGCGAAGGUGGGCCUGGAGACCAGGAGGAGCGAUCCCCGCCCAAGGGCCCCCGAUUACGCGACUCGGGGGUGUCUAGAUAUGAGCCAUAUUCGAGGUCUGAAAACGGUCGCGGAUAUCACGACAGAGAUAGAGACAGGGACAGGGGGCGAGACAGGGAUAGGGAUCGCAGCAUAAAUGGUGUCGGUAGGUCGGAGGGACGGGAUACCAAACGCCAGCCUUGUCGUGACUACCACGAGCGUGGCUUCUGCGCGCGAGGCAGCCAGUGCAUAUUUAGCCAUGGGGAGGAGGCUGUCACCCCCAUGAGUUUCCCCUCCAUGAUUGGUAUGAUGGGUUCGAACUUCAUGAUGCCUUGGAUGAUGAAUCAGCUGGGCGCUGGUGCGUAUGACCCCAAUCAAUCCCUCAUGGACAUGUCCAUACCACGACCACCCAACGGCAACAUGGACGUCGUCAUGGCCGAUGGAACAUCCUCAAAGGCCGAUAACACUUCAGAAGCCAAGGUUAUGAACCCGGCGACCAACGAUGUCUCCCAGACCAAUGGCGCCAACAUUGGACGUAACCCAAGUAUGCGUGGAGGGCAUGGGGCGUAUGGUCGCAAUAUGCGCGGGCGCGUCACCCCAGCGGGUUCGUGGCACGGCGAUACGGACGGUUUAGACAGCCAAGAUUCGGGGUCCGGCUCCAGUUCCGAGCCACGCCGUGAUAGGACUUUAGUGGUGGAGAAGAUCCCUCAAGAGCGCUUAAGCCUCGAGGAGCUUAACAAUUGGUUCAAGCGAUUUGGGACUGUCACCAACGUGGCUAUCGACGCCCCCUCAGCUAAAGCCCUAGUUUCGUUUUCUACUCACGACGAGGCGCGGGAUGCUUGGAGAAGCGAGGAUGCUGUAUUUGGGAACCGGUUUGUUAAGCUCUAUUGGCAUCGACCAAUGGGCAACCAUGGGCAAGCUGGUGCAAAACUAUUGGCCGCGUCGGCACCAAUCAUUAACAACCUUUCAACCGCGCCCAAGGCUGAGCCUACGCCACCCAAGCCAUCCCCCCUUCAGCCAGCGGUCAUCGAUCCUUUACAACAAAAAUUCGAGCGACUGAUGGCGGAGCAGAAGGUCCUGAUGGUCAAACUUACGUCCGCAAAGCCUGACGAGAAGCAAUCCAUCAAAACCAGACUUCGAGAACUGAUAACCGAGCUUCAAGAGGUGUCGGCCGCAAUGAAGAAUGGGAGUGCUACAGCCAGUGCGCCCCCAUCUAAACCCGCAUCGAGUCAGACCUCUGCAACUACGCAUACGAACGGGGUAGGAGAAUCUAAGAAGCAGCAGCUCGACAACGACCUUGAUAUGAUGGCCGCUGAGCCUCAGGAGUCCAAGGAUACAGGGUCAGACGGCGUAAAUCCAGAGUUACAGGCGAAAUUGAAGAAACUAAGGGAGGAGGCCGCUUCCUUGGGGCUGAGUACUGAGGCCGCGCCUACAUUCAACACCUUCCUACAGACCCUACAAUCCGAGAGGACCAUGAAGUUGGACAACCGGCCACGGACACUCGUUGUCAAUGGAUUGCCCGACAAACCCGAUGCAAAAGAGAGCGCCGUAGCGUGGUUUACGAGUUUCCCUGAAUGCGAAUCUGUGGAGGUGAACGAAUCUACUGGAGAACUUGAGGUCAAAUACAAGACGAGAUUUGCAGCUGAUCAGGCACGCUUUGGCUUCAGGAGUACCAUUCCUGCUCUGGGAACCUUACAUUUCGCCUGGCCAACAAUAUCCGCCUCCACAAAUGGCUCAAGCACAUCUGUGCCUAUUAAAAAGUCUCCGACCAUUGAGCCUGUUCCUUUGCACCAGGACGUUGACGUCAAGGCCAACUCAACUAUGGAUGAAGAUGGCUGGGGUGCUUCUGGAGGCUGGGAUGAGGACGACGAAGACGGAGGACGUCGGGAUCGCAUGUGA